AUGACAACCACCCACGACCACACCAACCUCUUCACCACCCUCCCUCCAUAUCCAAACGAAAUCCCUUUCACGGAUUUCGACCUCGACCUCGACCUCUCCCUCAAUGACGUAUUCGCACCGGGGAUGCUCGAGUCCCAAGCGCAGCAGCAGCACUGGGAACUGAACCCGGACCACCUCGACAUGCCGGGAAAAUGUUCGAGUUCGGGUGUUUUCCCCGUGCCGAAUGACUUUGGGUUUAAUUAUCCGGUGGAUUUGGUGGAGUUGGGAGGGAUGGGGUUGGGAUUGUUUGAGGGGGAGGGAGGGAAGGGCGUUAUUUCCAGUCCACCCCAAGACCAUACCCAAGACCAAAAUACAACUACUACAACAACACUAAACACGCUCCUCCGAUCAACCUCCUACCAAGCCACGCAACGAGCCCUUUACAUGACCACACCAACCACCCCGACAAGUCCCCACCAAAUCUACUCCCCUUCGUCCCCCUCGCCAACCUCACCAACAAGCUCCCACAACCCCGACACAAUUUCCAAUAGCGAUACCGAUAGUAUCUCCUUCGGACCGCGGACACCCCCUCCUCAGACGCCAAUUUACAACUAUAAUUACAACCCCGAGUCCAACUCUAAAAAACGGAAAGCAUCUACCGAAAUAGACCUAGACUCGGGGAUCCACCACCACACAUAUAACAAUUCCACAAUAUAUUCACAAUCAGGUGGCGGGGAGCUCGGCGUUUUGACCGAGGAACAACUGGAGCAUUACCACAACCACAACCAACAAAUAGCCUUCUACCCGAGUCAUUCAAGUGGGAACAACCCGAAACGCCGACGUUCUUCCGUGCAAUCACAAUUACAACCCCAGUCACGAUCUCGAUCUCGAUCUCAAUCUCCAACACAAUCUCGGUUCCAAGAACAGGAACAGGAAGAGGAACAAGAACAAGAACAAGAAAUAUUUACACCCCUAGAAAUGCCCGACGGCAGCACACGCUUCACCUCAAACUGGUUACCGGUUGAUCCAUCCGGCGGAUUUACAAUCUGUCCUGAUCCGCUGGUUGGAGUUAUGGGGGAGGCGUUUGUGAGUGUUGGGAGUUGA